AUGUCUACACCACCAAUACCCUCACCAUCAUCCGCACCAAUAUCAACAACCAAAUCCCCGGACCAAACCCGCAAAGACCGCAACCGUGAUCGUUCCAUCCGCCGACGUCUCCGCGAAUCCUCCGCCGAACGCAAACACCGUCGCGAAACCGAACGCCUCCGCGCCGCCGCUCGACGCCAAGACGAAACCCCAGAGGAAAAACAAACACGACAGCAAAAUGGUCGCUUAAGAGCAAAGCUCCGCAGAGAAUCAGAGACUGAAAAAGAGAAAGCGAGGAGGAAGGAGAAUAAUCGCUUGAGGAUGGCAGAGAAAAGAUGGAGAGAGAGGGAGGCCGGCGAGCGGGGGAAAAGAGUCGGCGGGAAGCCGGUGCUGGUGAAGAAAAAUGAGGGGAAAGUCGUUGGUGAUAUGGGCGAUGAUCCGGAGAUUGCUUUGCUUCCGCAGAACGCUAAUGUAGAGAUGACUCUGCAACCACCUCAUCACUUUCAGAUAUCUCAGAUGCCACAAAUAUCUCAGAUUUCGCAGAUAUCCCAGAUCCAACAAAUAUCGCAGAUGACCCAGAUAUCGCAAAUACCGCCACCACCAGACAAUGACAAUGUCCCUGGUAACCCCAAUUUCUAUAACUAUUAUUACCACCACACCCAACACUGA